UAGUGCGCAGACAAGGAGAAGAAGAGUGGAGAUGGGGAAGAAAGCUAAAGGGUCGAGAAAGGGAAAGAAAGCAUGGAGGGCAAACAUAAGCACAGAGGACAUAGAAGAUUACUUUGAGAAAUCAACUAAAGAUGCGCUCUCUGGUGGUUCUCUCUCUCAGCUUCCUAACGAAUCACUUUUCUUUGUUGACAAGUCCAAAGAUCUUUCUGUGAAGAGGAAGAUUGAGAAACAUAGGGAGAAGGUGCUGCGAUGUGAUAGUGUACUGCAAAAGAAUCCCUUUGUUCAAGCAUUGCCAUCAUCCAAGUCAAAGCAGAAGAAAUCGAAGAAAAAAGAUAAAGGCAUUGCAAAAGAAAAACUUUUGACUCAAGAUAUUCCCAAGGGUGAUGGUAGCAGUGAUUCUGGCAUGGCUGACAUUUGGUCAAAUGAAGGUGAAGGUGACAAUAAAUCGAAAAAGGUCUCUAAACCUUCGGUUAUUCCAGCAGUAGAAGUUGAACCUGCAGGGUGCUCAUUCAAUCCCUCAUUUGAAAGUCAUCAGGAAUCAUUGGCUGUAGCUGUUGCUGAAGAAAUGCAGAAAAUCUAUCAAAAUGAAUUGGGUCCUAAACCAGUUCCUAUAACUGUUCCAGGAAAAGUGAUUGAUGAAGAAGAUAGAUACUUUCUUGAGGUGGAUAAUGGCAGUGAUGAUGAAAAUGUGGAGAAUUUGAGCGAAAAUGAAGAAACUGAACUUGAGAACAGAUCUAAAAAAACAAAGCCAGUGACUCGAGUGGAGUUGAAUAAGAGAGUUAAACGUAAAGAACUGGAGAGAAAAGAAUCUGCGUCGAAAAAGGUGGAGGGACUUUCCAAACAAAUUGACAGCUUGGAUGAUAUUAUUCAAGAAAUAGCCAAAGAGGACGAGGAGAAGCAGAAAAGACAUCUGCGCCGAGUUGUAGCUAAGCAAGAAAGAUUAAAGGCUUGUCCACCACGCUUGGGAAAGCACAAAUUUGAGCCAGCUCCUACUCAAGUCUUAUUAUCUGAAGAAAUCACUGGAUCCCUUAGAAAACUAAAGGGUUGUUGCACCCUUGUAAAGGAUCGCUACAAAAGUCUGGAGAAAAGAGGAUUAGUUGUGCCUCUCAAGAGCAAAAGGAAAUAGAUGGUUGUUUCACUUGUGAAGUCCUAUGAGGGACAGUGUUAUUUUUACAGAUGGCAUACCGGGCAACAGCAUAAGAUCCAUUUUCAGAAGUUCUGUUCUCUAUUUUUGUUAUAGUUUUUUGUAUAAUUUGGUUCUUGUCAAAUUAAAGUGGCAUUUAUUAGAAUGAAGCUAGUCUUUCUUAACCCAGUUUUGAAUUACAGAAGUUGAAAGAGUUGUUUGUAUCAGCUAGUUCACCAUCUCCUUGAAUUCUUCUACCAGUAGCACUUCAAUAUGGUGUUUAAUAGGUUUUAACUCCUAUAUUUGUUAUGAUAAUUCUACAUUUCUAAGUA